AAUCUGUGAUUGUUGUUUUAUCCGUGCCUGUAGAGUCGGACGUCGGUGUGUAGUUCCUGUUCAAUGUGUGGUUCCUUCGAAAGUAGUUAAGAGUAGUGAAGAGUGGUGAAAGAAAAGAGUUAACACCACAAGGACAGUUACUGUAACUACAGUCCCUGUAAUAUGUUUCAUGGAAAUAUUAAAUUUUCUUUUACAUCCGCAUCGUUAAUGAUUUAAUGUGAGAAAAUAGAUAAUAUUGAACAAGAUGCGGUUCCUAUACUGUUUAUUGUUGUAUACAAUCACAGUAGUGAUAAGUGUGGACCACGAAGCCGAAGAGGAAAGCAACAGGAGGAGGAUAAUCGAUCAGCUGACGAGGACUAAAACGGUGCUAUUAGAUGAUUACCACUUGGUAACAAGACAUAUUGCAACAGAAGUAAAUAUGUAUAGGAAUUAUCGUACAGUUUCUGUGCUUUUCUAUUCUAUGAAUAUUGAUUUAACGUACGCUCAAUUCACAUUUCAAUCAGAAGAGCUUCAUCUAAAUAACAUAGGAUCGUGCAGUCCGCAAGAAGUGUUGAUCAAAUUAAAACAUGGAUCGUAUCCUGCAGUUAAUCCCGACGGUUACGAUUUCCCGAAGGAUUUCAUAGAACCAAGUCUGAGGGAAGAGGUUCACACCAUAGACAUACUAUCGGAUGGUAGAAACAGGACUUACACGAUAAGGUAUCCCAAGCCUGGGAGCUGGUACGCUCUUGUGUACAUAAAAUGGGAAGAUCCGAGGAAGCAAAAAGUAGAACAGGAAGGUCUAGUAGCAGAUUGUCGAACGAUAUUGUACACCGAUUUACAAGUAAAAGAAGAAGAGAAAAUACGAUUUGUAGAUUGCUACAGCGGUUUUAAUUUGGACCAAAAAGACAUGCCGGCCACAUUGAAAUGCAUGGCCACAGAUAAGCCCGAUCCGAUCUCGUUAAAUAUCACGUUUCUCGACAUUGAUACGUCUGCAGACACCUACGUGACAUUAAGGCUGCAGUCAUUGUCAUUGCCGUCCGACGAUAAUUACAUAAUAUAUUGUAUUUAUGAUCCGAAAAUAAACAAUAUACUUUCGGUAACGUUUACGCCCAAUCCGAACGCGUGGCACUACAUCCGAGUAGACCAGACUAGGGAAAACGUAACAAUGGUAGCGAAUUGCGAAUCGUAUCAACGGACAGAUCUAAGUGACGCCGAAAAUUUAACGAUUCUCGACCUUAUGCGCGACGACAAAGGAAGGUUCUUCACGUUCGACUACGGUCUCCCGACGACAGACUUGCAGGACGCUACCAGCGUCCUAAACGUGACCUCAUCCGAAAUCAAAAGUAUGCGAUUUAAAGUGAAUCAGUUUCUGGAUAUCGGCGGCAGUCUCUCGAUCGAGGCUAGCCUGCUGAUGAGCCUGAAGUACUACAUGGGUAAUUACAAGAGAGAAUCGACGAAGGGGGACUUAUUGGAAUUCACCGAAGACAAUCAGUUUAUGAAAGCAGUAAUCUGUUUGAACGUUGGUCAUGCUAGCGUGCCUUUGGAGAGCGGACAUUGCAAAUACAACGACCGGGUCACACCGGCGCUUUUCGUGUUGAAUAGCACCGAUUCCGAAUCGGUGUACUCGAAGUCUAUAAUACCGUUUCCCGAGAGCGGCACUUGGUAUCUAACGUUUCGGCUGUUCUGCGACUCGACCGUCUGUCCUUGUCCCACUUCGGAGGACGGAACGAAAUAUUAUGUGAAUUCGAGCGGGAUAACAGAUGUCGGUCUGUCCAGCAACAAAACUAGACAGGGCUCUUCGGAGUGCAACGCGAGUGUGGUGGUGGCCUUGUCGUCGAGUUCGUGCGUGGGCGGGAGCUGUAGCAACCACGGGAACUGCCUCCUGAAUACCUUUGGAGGGAUGGUCAUGUCCUUUUGUUCGUGCUCUGCAGGAUAUGGAGGUUGGGAUUGUUCGGACGAUUCAAGAAUGGACAGCCGAGCGUAUAUGCUACUUUCGAUCCUGCUGCUCACGCUAAGCAAUCUCGUAUUCUUUUUCUCGAUAUACGUGGCGACAAUACGUUUCUACUACACCGAAGCCAUGAUGUACGCCUUCACGAUGUUGUUCUCGACGUUCUACCACGCUUGCGACGCGCCCUCCCAGGUAGCCUACUGCAUCAUCAGAGGCAAUAUCCUUCAGUUCGGCGAUUUUUACUGCGGCCUCAUGUCGUUCUGGGUGACGCUACUGGCUAUGAGCAUCGUCAGUGACGAAUUAAGGUCCUUCUGUCAGCUGACCGGAGCUAUUGUCGUGGCCUUGUUCACGACCUGGAACAUGCAUUCGUUCGUAUCGUUUCUCCUGCCCGUGGCGAUAGGAGCGACCGUGCUGUUGGUCUCUUGGUAUCUCGAUUACAGGAAGACCGGUAUAAUGAGAUACCCGUGGUCUUAUUACUCGAAGUACAUGCCGAUCGGUAUAAUUCUGGUCAGCACCGGUCUGAUAUGUUACGCGUUUCUACAGACCGAACAGAAUUACAAAAUCGUUCAUUCGAUUUGGCACAUGAUAAUAGCGUUUAGCGUUGUGUUUCUGUUGCCCGAUGUGAAACGGGGCCCGAAUGCGAACCCCUUCCUACCGACACCGAGUUAUUAUACGGGUAAGUUUUCUAGAUACUUCCGCAGAUCUCGCACGCCCAUUGCCGAAUGAUGAAGCAAUUAUUCAUGUUAUAUAUGAGGCCGUCAGCGCAAAAGUGACCUAAGCCUAACUAUGGUGUAGUUAGUAUGGAGGCAAUUAGGUUUGGAAUUUUCAUGAAUUUGAAUUAGGGUAGGCAAAAAAAAACAAUACGCGCAAAAAUAAUGUUUACAAAGCUAUCUGUUAUCUAUGGGUGAAAGAAACUGGAUAGGCCGGAUUUGCAUCAGAAUUUAUUAUAUUUUAAAUAGAUUCCAAUAUACGUCAUAUAAGCUUGAAUAUAAAAAAAUGUGGGUUAGGCCACCUUUGCGCUGAUGGCCUCGUAUGUAAAUCUAGAUAAAUAUUAAAAUAGUUCUAUUUUUAUACGUCAAAAAUGAUUAAAAUAAAUUAUAAUUGCCGUGACACAACACAUUGAGAUAGUUACCACAGAUUAUAACGUGUCACGGAUUAGUUUUUAAGAUUUAAAUGUUAUAAAUAUAAUUAUACAAAACGACUUCUAGUCAAGUGUAAAUAAUUUUUUGUACACGUUUUUUCUAAUGUAACUGACCUAGUAAUGAUGAUUUUGGAUUCAGAUUUUUCACGUCCAACGUAAAGUUCCGUUUUAUUUAUGGAGGGUAGGUAAGGAAGAUCAUCUCAGUUUAUUAAAAAGUGUCCGAUGAAAGGGAACUGUACAUUAAAGUGGCGCCAUUGUUGCAAGUGGAAAAAUUUAAAAUAACAGCGCCAUAAAAUAUAAGAGUAGGAUACUAAAUUAAAAAGGAAUGAAACAUUUGCUACGUAAAUAUUUUAGUAAUAAAUAUAAAUAGUUGAUAUAUAAAAUACUGCAUAUUUUUUAACUACCAAACUCAAGAAAAAAUAUUAAAUUCCUGAACCCAGUACACUUCACUGCUUUUAAAACUGUUAUUAAAAUUUCCAUUUCCUACACUAACGCUAUUUCUACUUGUCAAGUUUACAGGUGGACACUUUUUCAACUUGUACCCUAUGAAAUCUGGUUCUCCUUACCUUUACCCUCCAUAGUUUUAUUUUUAAAGUUUCGUCCGUUAAUAGUGUUGCCAGUCUGUUAUAUUACCAGUGUGCUUAGUGCGAGUUUUUUAACGUUUUCGAUAUCGUAAAAGUUAGCUCAUAUUUGUAUGGAACAGGAUCGUUUGCGUACAUUUGCCGCUAGGGGCGCUGUUCCAACUGCAUACAAAAUCGGGUUAACUUUUACGCUAUCGAGUACGUUAAGAAACUCGCACUAAGCACACAGAUAAGUAGUUAAAUGUGAUAAAUGUAAAUGAUAGGUGUUUUUUUUCAUCUUUCGACUGUUUUCAUUUACAUUCCUUUGUAGUGUUAACUAUUACUAUAAUUAAGGUUCACGUUUGUUUUCUUAUGAUUACGUAUACGAAUGUUAUAAUAAAUAUAAAUGAAAAACUAUCGUUUGUUACAGAACGCCUAUCUUCAAAAUAAUUAAUAGUUUUUGUAAUUGUAAUGUCUGUUAUACAAUUCAGUUUUAAAUUUUGAAUGACUUAUGGAAAAUUCGAUCAUGUAAGUUCACAGAUUAUGUAGGUAAAUAAUUUAAAAUCCUCGCUAAUAAUUUUGUGCAAUUUAAUGAAUUUUAUAUCAAUAUUGAUUCUGUGAUUUUUUUGAUACUAUUUAAAUGUAAUUAACGCACGACCUUCGGUGAAAAAAUUACAUUUUUAUAAAUAACUAGCGGACCCGGCAGGCUUCGUAGUGCCUCAAUCGAUAAAUAAAAAACCUUUAAACUUUUGUAAAAAAUAAACUUAAAACAAACAAAAGGAUCCGUCCGACGGGGGACACAUCAAGGGAAAAACAAAAUUGUUAGUUUUAUUUAAUUUCGAGCAUUUUCAUAUUUAUCUACCUUUUAAACUUUCACUGGACUUUCACAAAUAAUUCAAGACCAAAAUUAGCCAAAUCGGUCCAGCCGUUCUCGAGUUUUAGCGAGACUAACGAACAGCAAUUCAUUUAUAUAUAGAAAGGUUUUAAAGGUUUCAAGAGGUUUUUUGUGUUUAUUUUGAUGUUAAAGAGGUACACCAAAACUGUACCAAUAAAACGAUUUAAAUGCGACAUUCGACAUUGAUUUUAAAGUUUACCGAAAGUCAUCGUGUUCAGGUUGCUCGCUAACGUCAAAUUUCCGCAUCAGGAAUUCAGAAUCGGAGUUGUUUGAUUCACAUUUCCGUCCGGAAUCUUCACCAAUGACAAAUGAUAAUUUUUCUUUUGUUUUCGGGUGACCACGUAGCCCCUAUUGUGGGAACGUAACGUUUGUCAAUGUCCUUGACAUUAAAUAAGGUGAAAAUGGUUUUUAAAAUUCCGUAAGAUAAUGAUUAAAUAUAAGUUAAUCCAUUAAUCAACACUGUCCCAAAAAUAACGUUUAAAUACUCUGAAAGGUGCCUUAUUGUAAUACUCAUUAAAUUUUAUACGUACCUAAUGCUCGACUAAUUACAGAAGCACGUGAAAAUGAAAUUUAAACUCAUUAUGAUUUUUUUGCUUACAAAUUUCUAAAAAAAAAACUUCAGAGGUGUCAAGGGACACCCGGAUGGAACGAUGUUCCUUUCGAUUGAUUAGUGAAGGAAUUGUAAUUAUUUUUUUUAAGUUAUAAUAAUAAAUUACGGCAUUAUGAAGAAGAAAAAAACAAUACUAUGAACUAAAUGACUAUUGUUGAAACGCUAUCUCGAGAAACUGUACUCAUUACGCGGACCAAUCGGAUACGAGCAAUGUCACGCGAUAAGCGCCUACACGUUGAUUGGUCAGAAUGAUGGAUCUAAAAAGUGUCGUGACAACUUUUCGUAAGAAUUUUUUCCGUCUAGCCCCCUUUCACAACGCGCGAUAAGGAACUUCGUUCCAAAAAUUAACAAAUUACCGCCAGGUAUUGCCUUUGAAAAUGGUCGACCAUAUAGUGCCAUCGUUUUGCCAUUAGUAUUAUUAAGACACGUUCUAAUAGCUCACCACUAUUGAGAAUGUUGCUCUAAGGGUUCCUACAGACCAGCGAUGCGUCUUUUCCACAACGUUACGACCAAGUUUCCCUCGUCUGUAACCAGGCGAAUCAAGACCGGGCUCGUAAAAAUAGGUUUAAUUGAUCGAUUUUAUUGUAAUGAUAAAAAAACAAUCUAAGACUAUUCGCGUUCUCCGUCAAAUGGAAUGUAUAGUGAAAAACACGCAAGUUGGUUCAAUACUGAUUUUUUUUAAAGACCUCCUCACUUACAGUUAGUUAUGUUGAAUGCAUGACUUACGUCAUUAUAAAUUACUUACUUUAAUUUAAAAAAAAAGAAAAAAAAUGGAAGGAUGGCGUCCGACGGUUUCCUUCCCUACUCGACAAAGGGUAAAAUAGAACGUUAAUUAUGCGAGAGAAUAUAUUCGUUAAAUGUAUUCUGUGUGUUUAGCGCGAAUUUUUUAACGUUCUCGAUACCGUACAAGUUAACUUAAAUUGGUAUGCAGUUGGAACAGCGCCUCUGGCGGUAAACGUGAGGAAACCGUCGGACGCCAUCCUUCCAUUUGACGGAGAACGUGAAUAGCGUUUUUUUGAAGUGAAAACUUCUUUAGAAUCGUUGUGAUUUCAAACCGGAUGCAACGGAAAAAACGACAGGUAAGAGACACAAAUACAAAAAUGUGUAGGAUGAAGCCAGCAAAGAGUGAGACAGAAAUAUACAUACAAUUUAAUACAGCGCCAUCUGUGAGAUUUUUUAAUACUAACGUGUGUAUGAAAGCUCUUGUAGUGAAUUUUAAUUUAGGAUUCUACGUGAAAUUAAAAUAUCAAUUCACAGAGGGCGCUACCUUACAAUUAUUUACUAAUGACAACAUUUUACAUAUACUUAAGACGUUUAGGAUAAUUGUAUUUUAAUUUUGGAAGGUUUCACUUCUACCACGUGUGAAUUGCACACAUGUAUUUUUUUUAUCAUUACAAUAAAAUCGAUCAAUUAAAACUAUUUUUACGAGCCCGGUCUUCAUUUGCUUCGCUUGUUUUUUAACGUUCUCGUAUAGCGUAAAAAUAAGGACGUUUGCCGCUAGUGACGCUGUUUCAACUGCAUACCAAUUUAAGUUAACUUUUACGCUAUCGAGAACGUUAAAAAACUCGCACUAAGCACAUUGACCCUGUUUCAUAAUAUCAUAUUUAUUUUAUUCAGUUUCAAAUCAAAUUGACGAUUCUACGAGAGUUAUUCAUUGACGAAAUCGUGAAAUUUAUAUUUUUCAAGAAUCAUGUUUGUAAUAUUAUAACAUAAAUGUUAUGUUCAGUGUCCAAGAGUUGAUUUACAUGCUUACGCACGAGUCAGGAGUGAGCUUUGACUGUCUAAAAAGCUUUACUGUGAUUUCAUUUCUUACCUCAUUACACUAUGAGUACUGGACGAAGAACUAUUAGUUAGUUACCGUGAUAAAUACCAAAGCUUUUUUAUUAUAAACUGUUUCUAGAUUAUAUAGCGCAUCAUAAUAAUAUAUACAUUUGUUUUGAUCGAGGCCUUUAUUAGAGUUUAUCAAUUCAUAAAGGAGGGAGUUGAUGUAUUUUACCUUACAUUUUAAUUUUAUAGUUCCUUUUAAAAAUUAUAAAUUUUAUGCGUGCAAAAAAAAAACGAGUCUUUAUUUUAUUCUAAAUGAAAAUGUGAAACAUUCCUCGAUUUCAAUUAUUCACUUGCUCAAAAUUUCUUGUUUCUGUAAAAAAAUAAUGUACGUAUCCUUUUUUAUUAUUAUGAUUAUAUUGAACAUUAUUCGCAUUUAUAAUUACGUUGCAAAUAAAUAUUGUGCAAUAUU